AUGACUAGCGGUGUUGAGGCCGAAGUACAAGAACAGCUUAACUGGAUGCAAUCCCUUUUAAGUACACCAUCUACUAAUGAUGCAGCAAGCGCAUCAAAGAAUAAGUAUCAAAGUCAGAUCGAUGAUCUUCUCUCAUCUAUUGAUUGCCCUGCGCAGCCAAAGUCUCGGUCAUUCCAAGACUCAUAUACUGACUUAGAAAUUGAGCCACGUCCAUCCUACGAGCCUUCAUUCUUGACUGGAGCAGUUCCUCCUCCAAAGGAAGUGCAAUAUCGUAUUUCAGAUCCUGUUGACAGUGACUAUGAUAGUGACUGCGAAGAGUACUAUGUUGAAGAUGCAGAAGAAAUUCGUGGUCAAGAGAUUCCAUCAUGGGCACGUGCAGCAAAUCUUAUUCAGGAAUUAGAAAAGCAGAAGGGCGUUGACCCAGACAAGAUCUUUGUUGGAUUUGAUACAUCUUGCGAUCUGAAUGCAAUGUUCGAAAAGAAGAAGAAGACCUUCAAGGUCAGAGGCGACAGUGGUUGGUGGGCUGCCGAUACUGUCACACCAGAUGAGGAAGCUAAAUAUAAGAAAGCUCUCGGACUUGUCUAA